CCUUCCGGUCUCGACGUCACCGCCUCAGUUCAAACCGGAGAGAUGGCGGGUAUUCCUGAAACGGUGCCGGUCUCCGCCUCGCAGGGUCAGGAUGCCCGGACCUCCUCAGACCCCCAGGCCUCGGCACCCGCCUCUCCGCCAGAGGACUUCCGAGUGCGCUGCACCUUGAAAAGGGCUGUGGUGGAAGUGAUGGAGCUGUGCGGUCGCUUCGUGCAGGAGCUGGGGGCCGCGCUGCCGGAGGACAUCCGAGAGCUGGCGCUGCGGGACGCGCAGUGGACUUUUGAGUCGGCUGUGCAGGAGAAUGUCAGCAUCAAUGGACAAGCCUGGCAGGAAGCUGCAGAUCACUGUAUUAUGGAUUCUGACAUCAAAGUGCUUGAAGAUGAAUUUGAUGAGCUCAUAGUAGAUGUGGCAACAAAACGUAGACAGUACCCGCGAAGGAUCCUCGAGAGUGUCAUCAAAACCCUGAAAGCACAGCACGAGAUUCUGAAGCAGUAUCGCCCUGUUGUUCCUCCCUUGGACCUGAAGUGUGACCCUGACCCAGCUUCUCAUGUGGAAAAUUUGAAAUGCCGUGGGGACGCCAUAGCUAAGAAAAUCAAUGACGCCAUGAAGGCUUUGCCUCUGCUAAUUGAACAAGGAGACGGCUUUUCCCAGGUCUUAAAGAUGCAGCCUGUCAUCCAGCUGCAGAGGAUCAACCAGGAAGUCUUUUCCAGCUGUUCCAGGGGAGCAGAUACCAAGCCCGACAAGUCUGUAACACAAGUAGAAACCACACCAACUGAGACUGCAGCCAGGAAAGCGUCGAACAUAGUGCUGAAGAGAAAACCUGUCCCAGACUGCUCCCAGAGACAGCGCUACCCGCUGCGGCCGAAGCGAAUUGAUCUGGAUGUAUGAGCUCUGUUUGUUGGGGAAUUGGAAGUCGGUGCUCUCAGCAUCCAGGUCACGGUCUGCUGCCCGGGGGACUUCAUUGAAAGUAACUGUGACUCUGUACAGGUGCAGUGCACCGUUCUGCUUGUCCUGGGCUGGGUCUCCGUCUGCGGUAGGUAAAAAGCCUGUGGAGUAUCACACAGACCUGUCGGUGUCCUCAGAUGCUAUCAGUGCCAGCUGCCUGCAGCCUUCGGGGCACCCCAGGGGGGCAUGCUCUGAGCUCCAUGUGCGAGGUCGUGAGGUGGUUCUUGGAGGCUUGCGAACUGGUGUUGGCUCUGCACAGCAGCCUGCUCAUUGCUAGUCCAGUUCAUCAGAGGAGCGCACAGAAGAUGGGCCUGGCCUUGGCUUUGUUCCACGGGCACUUAAUUCACAGUUUUAGGGUUUUGUUUUGUAAGAUUAAGGAGAAGGCUAUUAUUUGUGCAGGAAAUUAAUUUUUUUUUUUUUUUUUGUCUGCCUGUUUUCAAGACAGG